AUGGGCAUCACAAAGUUCCUUGGCCUUGAAACCCCUUUCUCUGUGCUCUAUGGCAGUGAAAUAUUCUCUCUGGAAAUGUUGAAAACAGAAGCUCUAAUGCAAGCGUUUCGAAAGUCCAUCGGCGUAAGAGUCAAGGAAGAAAUCGAAGUGAUCGAAGGCGAAGUUUUUGAAAUCCAAAUAGACGGUCCGGCAGUUUCUGGGGCGGCUUCAAAAACUGGGAAAUUGACUCUUAAAACGACGGAUAUGGAUACAAUUUAUGAUUUAGGGGCGAAGAUGAUCGAGGCAUUAGGGAAAGAGAAAGUGCAGAGUGGGGAUGUGAACUUCGACUGUUCGGCGACUGGAUUCUCGUUACAGGCGAUGGGUUCGAGCCAAGUGGCGUUGGUGGCUCUGUUGCUCAGAUCGGAAGGGUUCGAGCACUAUCGCUGCGAUAGGAACCUCUCAAUGGGGACUGUUACUUUCAUGUUCGAGAACCCAAAACAAGAUAAGAUAGCGGUUUUUGAGUUGAAGCUAAUUGAUAUUGAUGGCGAGCACCUUGGAAUUCCAGAUGUUGAAUACCAAGCUAUUGUUAUGAUGCCUUCAUCUGAGUUUGCAAGGGUUUGUAAAGAUCUUGCUAGCCUUGGUGAUACUGUUGUUAUCUCUGUAACCAAAGAAGGUGUUAAGUUUUCCACAGCUGGUGAUAUUGGGACUACAAAUAUUGUUCUCAGGCAAAACACCAGUGUAGAUAAACCAGAAGAAGCGACAAUCAUAGAGAUAAACAAUCCGGUAUUGUUGACGUUUGCAUUGAGGUACAUGAAUUCAUUUACAAAGGCUACCCUGUUGUCGAAUACAAUGUCAAUCAGCCUGUCUUCAGAACUGCCUGUUGUGGUUGAGUACAAGAUUGCUGAGAUGGGUUAUAUCAGGUUUUACUUGGCACCUAAGAUUGAAGAUGAAAUGGAUGGAUGAGACUAAUCCAUUAGCUAAUCAUGCAGUAGAUAAGUUUAGAAUAGAUAAAAGAAGGUGAAUAAGAAGAACGAA